AUGAGACUUUCCGAACGCUGGAUCUUGGCCCUAUUAGCGGCCUCUGCAGCAAACGCUGACAACUAUGCUGAUUUUGCAAGCAGAAUGCAGAACCUUCCAAAAUCGUCUCAGCAGGACACCACCGAUACCGAUAGUUCUGCAACUUCGUACACCGCCAGCUCGGCUGCGGAAACGGGUCCAUUCACGACGUCGUCCGCCACCAGCUCAACCAACGAACCUUUCACGACCUCGUCUGCUUCCAGCUCGACAAAUGAUGUGCUUCCGACUUCUUCUAGCUCCAGCUCUCCGUCAACAACGAAUGCAGCGUCUACGAGCGACUCUCAGUCUCAAACUACAUCUUCUAUCGCUACUUCUACGGAAGCCUCAUCAACGACAACCCCGCAAAGCGCCAGUUCCACUUCAACUAGCAAUUGGUGGAAUUGGUUGAAUAAAUCACAGACGUCUUCUUCAACAACUGCUGCACCAACGUCUUCCACAACUGCCCAGACAUCAUCCACGUCCGAGGCAUCCUCGUCUGAAUGGGAAACGUCUUCCAUACCAAUGACUGCCUCCGCUCAACCAACUUCUACUGGUGAACGUGAGCAUUUGUCAACAGAUGAAGCUUCAACCACCACACCAUGGUCCUCCGAGAGCCAGCCCACUUCAACUUCAAGCGAAAGCUCUUCGACUACCUCGUCAACAUCUUCCACAGCAAUCGAAUCACCUACUUCCACGACACCUACAGCUAGCAGCUUCUGGGCGGGUGAUAGCACUCAAACCACAAAGCCUUCUACUUCUGCCAGUUCAAUUGGUUUCACGUCAACCUCUGCUGAACACUUUGAGCCUUCAACGUCUUCCUCGUAUUCUCCAACCCCACAAACUACUUUCGAAACAACUCCUACAGAAAGUUCGAGCACGCAAACAACAUCGUCGCUGACUUUCCCAUCGACGUCAGAAAAUGGAUUCCAAACAUCCUCGUCAACUUCGGCCACCACAACUGAUCAGUCGAAGCAGAGUAGUGAAGCUCCAACAACAUCGACGCAAAGUACUGAAGCUCAAACAACAUCGACGCAAAGUACUGAAGCUCCAACGACAUCGACGCAGAGUAGUGAAGCUACAACGACAUCGACGCAGAGUAGUGAAGCUACAACACCAUCGACUCAAAGUAGCGAAUCUGCUACAACAUCGACUCAAUCCUAUCCUGAAGCCACCUCAUCCUCCACAGACCUUCAAAGCUCUAGUUCUACUACACCCGCAACACCAACGACCAGUUCUCUUGACGUUGCAACUACAAGUAGCUCUAGCGACUUUCUCACCUCAUUGACGUCCUCCUCAGAAAGUGCAACAAGCAGCUUCGCACCCGCUACAAGCACUUCUUCCGAAACUAGCCAAACGACUUCAGCAUCUUUGACUUCUGAAGUGACGCAAGCGAGUUCAUCCGCGACCAACGAAGCUACAACGACAUCUGUGAAUUCUGUGACAACACCGCUAACUUCAUCAGUGGCUACCAGUUCUUUUACAGUACCCACGACCACCGAAAGCACUUUUUCAUCCACGUCUUCGCUUACCGAUACCACAGGAGCAACCCCGAUACCCAUAAGCUCAACAAGCUCCGCUCUAGCUACAAGUGCCAGUACGGAAUAUUUCUCGUCUCCUUCACCACAAAGCGAAGGCACUACGGCUUCUUCCUCGGAAACUUCCACGAUGUUAUCUUUUUCACCUACCUCAAUUACGACGGAGAGCGAGAGCUACAGUUUUAGCUCUUCCCCUGUCAUUGAGACAACAAGCUCAAAUCUUUACACGAGCCAAGAGAGCUCUUCUACGAGCUCUUUCACUCAAGAGGAAAGCUCGCAGGCAACUUCCACGAACUGGUAUCCUCCAAGCAGUCAAACUGCGACCUACAGUACUGAGGUCACAUCGCAAGUUUCGCAAACUUCAGGCUCGAUGUCCUCGACAUCGUGGCCUCAAAGUUUUGCCACAGCUCCUGAGUCCUCCUCCACUGAUACAACAACAAGUGGGAAUUUUAUCAGUACACAAAGCUCGGUAUACACCACUGCACCCUCUUCGGUUGUGGUCCCUUCGAGCGAUUUUUCUUCGACAUCCCCAAGCUCCUCGGUCAGUGUUAUCAAUCCCACCUCCUCGAGUUCCGAUCUGAGCUCCAACCCGGUGGCCUACCCGGAGACCUCAUCUUCGCUCACAUCCGAGACUUCUUCGUCAAGCACCUAUUCGGAGUAUUCAGAAUCUCAGACCCUCUUGUCCAGCAGUCUGAACUCCGCGACUUACCCAUCGAGUUCUUCGGCAAGCUACCAGGUGCCUUCGACAAGUUCUCAAGUGCCUUCGACAACGCCAUAUUCUCAAAGUGCGUUUUCGGCUAGUACUUCAGUCGUGAGCUCACAAUUGAGCACAGAAUCUGCUUCCCAACUUUUCUCCACUUCUUACAGCUCUCAACCUUCAACAAGUUCCAUAACUAGUGUUGAUUCGGGUGCUUCAAGUGGAAGUUCAGCUACAAGUAUGAGCUCUGGUAGUAUCGCUUCUCAGGUGCCAUCCGAAUCUUCUUCCUCGUCCUCCUUUGCGGCUACUUCUUCGUCCUAUUCAACGCAAUCAUCGGAGGCUGGUCCUUCGACGUCGCCGGAGUCCACGACGUCCAUUUCAACUACAACCCCCAAGUCUUCAUCUUCCAUUUCAGUGACUUCAUCUGACUACUUUACUCCUUCGUCCAGUGCUUUGGUCACAAGUAGCUUCUCUUCGUCCAGCAUUAGCGUAUCGGAGGCAAGUAGCACAAGCGUGGUGUCUUCGAGCUCGAACCCUAUUCCAAGUUCAGAAUUCAGUCCACCAGCAAGUGUGGUGACUGCAACUUCCUUGUCCGCGCAGCCAGUGCCUGCAACAGAAUCUGCACAGGCGCCAACUGAACUUCCCUCGAGCUCGGUCCCAAUCGCAGCAACUCAGAUAAGUUCCGUGCCCUCGUCGUCCGCAGAGCCCUCGACCACGAACUGGCUUCCAACCGCUAUGAUCGCUGCUUCCGCCUCCUCCUCUGUUGCAACCAGCGGUAGUACAGGAUCCGUUGACCCAAAGCAAGCCACCAAGACUCUUCCUCAAGCGAUUGGAGCGCCAACUGCUGUUACCAAACCUAAUGGGUACAGUCUCAUUACGAUAGGUUUCAAGAAAUCUCUAAACUACCCGUUCGUGGUGGGAAACCCAGUUACCAGCGCUCAGAUUUUUGCCUACCUUCCAAACAUCCUCAAGAGUCCAUUUGACGAAACCUUGACGAACGUGGAAGUCGCAAGAUUGAUUCCACUCACUGUCAAAGGAAGAGACUUUCUUUUGACGGUGGCUGAAGUCUACUUCCCUACCAAGCAGGUUUCGAGGUUGCAGGAACUAGUUCAAGAUGAAAGCAGUGACUUCUAUAGCGCUAGCGGUCAACUAAGCAGCUUUGUCGAUCCCACAAUUCCUCUAACAGGACUUGUUGAUUCUGGAUCGGACUCUUCAUCGAAUUCCGGCGGCAGCUCGACUUCUCCAGAUGCUAGCGGCAACGUUUCUUCGGGUGGAAAACAAGCUUCGGGCUUCCGCAGUGCAGGCACACUUGGUUCUUCGAGCUACAGCUCUGAUGCUGCUGGGUCUAGAGGUUUCAGCAGUAAGAAGAAGAUUGUUGGUUUGGUCGUAGGUGUUACUUGCGGUGCAUCCAUUUAUCUGGCUUUGAUGGUGAUAGCUUUCAGAUACAUCGUCAAGAGGAACAGAAUGCAAAAUAGUGCACCACAUUUGGACGAAACAUCUAGUUUUGAUUCAGGAUCGCGUACUGGGGCUGUCAACGAUCUCGAGAAGAACAUCGACGACCGUUCGUCUAUCACUCCAAGUAUGCGCAUUAACGAGUGGAUGAAACAGAAUCAUUAUGGCGACGCACCUGAAGCAGGACAACCUGUGGUAACUUCAGAAAUUGAGAAAGGUGGCGUCUUGAAGAUCUCGAAACCAAUUGCUACGGAAAACUCCUUAGGCUGGAAUGAAAUCUGA